AUGUCUACUUCACCACCACCUAUAUCCCACAUCCUUGAAACAUGUCUCUACGUACGCGAUAUAGAGAAAUCGGCCAAUUUCUAUAAAUCGGCCUUGAACAUGGAGCCUUUUCUAGCUACCCCAAGAGUCACCGCAUUCAACCUCGGCUCCACGACCCUCCUCCUCUUCAAACUAGGCGCGACGCAUCAAGACAUCACCGUAAACUCCGAAAAAUCACAUGGCGUCAUCCCGGGUCACGGCCCGACCGAGUCUCUUUUCCAAAAUGGAAAUAGUUUGAAACAACACUUCUGUUUCGCCGUCAAAUCUCCUCGGGAUGUAGAUGAAUGGUCUACUCAUUUCGACAAACUCGGUGUCCGUAUACUAGGUAGAAUGGAUUGGGAACUUGGAGGGAAGAGUGUCUAUUUCGAGGAUCCGGACGGUCAUGUCGGUGAGAUUGGGUCCAGGGGGAUAUGGAAGCAUUAUUGA